AUGUCUACACCGUCAAGCUAUGUCGCAGUUCCUCGCUGUCCGGUGAUCUUUGAUGGCACUAACUACAUCGAGUUUGUUGGCUUCAUGAGCAUUCAUAUGCGUGGCAUUCGUCUUUGGGGCGUUCUUUCUGGCAAGGUCCGUUGUCCGCCAUGUCCGGUUCCACCUGUGGCCCCUACUCCGCCGACGCCACCGGUUCUUGCUGCCGAUGCUAAUCAAGCUGCGAAGGAUGCAGCUAAGCUUGCAGAUGACACUGCCGUCCAUGCUUAUGAUGCGCAGGUUUCGACUUAUGAGGAGGCUCUUCAGACUUAUAAUGAGGCUCUUUCUGCUUACACUCAGUGGCUUGAUGAGGAUGCCCGUGCCGCAGCUGUUCUCACUGCUAGUGUUCUGCUUCAGUUUGCCUCUGAGUUCUUGGGGCUCCCUGCCAUAUCUGAGAUGUGGACCCGUCUUCGUCAGCGCUGUCAGCCCUCUGGUGAUGCCUUAUAUCUGUCUGUGGUCCGGCAGGAACAUGCUCUUCAGCAGGGUGACUCCAGUGUUGACGAUUUCUAUGCUCGGAGUUUUGCUAUCUGGCAUCAGCUUGAUUCUCUCCGCACUGCUGGUUGUCAUACUUGUCAGUGUUGCCAGGCUGUGCGGGCUGAUUUGGAGUUUCAUUGUGUCUACGAGUUCUUAUCUCGGCUCCGUAAGGAGUUUGAGCCCCGGCGUGCUCAGUUGUUUGCUCGUGGUCGUAUCUCCCUCAUGGAGGCGCUUUCUGAGAUUUGUGCUGAGGAGACUCGCCUACGUGGUGCUGGUCUACUUGAGGUUCCCUCUGUGCUCGCUGCUCGAGUCCUUGUUAUGUCGCCUGCUGCACCGACUCCAUCCCGCUCCAGUGCUCCUCCGCUCUUGCCUACUCCUACGGGCGGCCAGGGUCGGUCUCGUCCUCACUGCGGCUACUGCAAUAUGGAUGGUCAUGUUGAGUAUCAGUGCUUCCAGAAGAAGAAACACCUGCGUAAGGCGCGAUCAUCAGCUUCAGGGACUUCUUCUUCUACUUCGACAUCUUCCGCCACUGCCUUGACUGAGCAGGAUAUUCUGCGACUUAAGCGUCUGCUUGCUGCUUCAGGUUCUCCUUCGACGGGUACUCCAGCUUCUGUGACUGAUGCUUCCCGCCUGAGCAACCACCCUCUACACAGUCAGGAUCGUCGAACGCACACUUUGGUUGGGGCUGGCCCUCGCCGCCGUGACUCUCAGGGUCUUUGGGAGCUAGACCGGCUUCAUGUUCCUUCCGCUGCUACCACUAUCGCCAGUCCAUCCGCUUUUGUCGCUUCAGCUACCGGCUCCUUCCAGCAGUGGCAUCAUCGACUUGGUUAUCUGGGGUCUGUCUCAGGAGAUGUCUCUUUAGAGUGUCAGGGUUGUAGACUAGGAAAACAGAUUCAGUUACCUUAUCCUACUGGUGAGUCGGUGUCUCAGUGUCCUUUUGAUUUAGUCCAUUCUGAUGUAUGGGGUCCGGCUCCCUUCGCUUCGAAAGGGGGCCAUCGAUACUAUAUUAUUUUCAUAGAUGAUUUCUCUCGUUACACUUGGCUUUAUUUUAUGACUUCUCGCAGUGAGGUUCUUUCCAUCUAUAAGCGUUUUGCUGCCAUGGUUCACACUCAAUUCUCUUCGCCUAUUCGUGUGUUCCGUGCUGACUCCGUUGGCGAGUAUAUUUCUAAGAUAUUGCAUGGUGUUCUUGCUGAGCAGGGCACUCUUCCUCAGUUCUCUUGUCCUGGUGCUCAUGCUCAGAAUGGCGUGACUGAGCGAAAGCAUCGCCACCUUCUUGAGACGGCUCGUGCGUUGAUGAUCGCCACUUCUCUUCCACCUCAUUUUUGGGCCGAGGCUAUCUUCACCUUCACCUAUCUCAUUAACCUUUAG